UUUUAAUUCGUGACGGUCAUCAGCAUAAUUCAGUGCUGCCGCGUCUAGUUGUAAUGGAAAAACUUGUCAAGCUUUUACGAAUAAGAAAUACUGAAUUAUUUACUGCUUGAGAAAUAGUUUGGUAAACAUGAAUAAUAUUGUAAGGUAUAAUUCGACAGUAGUUAAACCUCUUGCAAUUGUCAAAAGGAUUUGCACAACUUGCAUAAUAAACAAUAAAGAGCCUUUUGAUGAAUUGCAUCACCCGAAGGGUCGUGAACCAAGCAUACCACCUUAUGUAGAAAAAGAGGGCGAAAAUACUGCUAUCAAAAAAGCUAGAUUGUUAUACCAAUCACGAAAACGUGGAAUGUUAGAAAAUGGACUACUCCUCAGUACAUUUGCCAAAAAAUAUUUAGAUGGAUUUAAUGAACAACAACUUCAACAAUACGAUCAUUUAAUUAAUCUUCCAUCAAACGAUUGGGAUAUCUUUUAUUGGGCUGUUGAAGUUAAGCCUGUACCCCCAGAAUUUCAAAAUGAAGUUAUGGAAUUGUUAAAGAAACACGUUAAAAAUGAAAAUAGAGAAAACCGGUAUGCACAGCCUAACUUGUACUGAAUAGUAUUGAUAGUGAUACCAUUAUGUUUUGAGGUACUGUACAAAUUAGGUUACUUUUUCAAAUGAAUAACAUAAACUUUAUUAUUUUUAACUGAUUAAAAUUUGUUUUACAACAGAACUAUUUCAAGUUUUUAUUUACAUUUAUAUCAUGCAAAAAAUAUUUAUUCAUUCCUUACAUUCUUUAUAAUUACUUUCAUUUGAACGUUGAUUUAAAUUCAAUGUAACAUUACUAAACAUAAGAACUAAACAUAAGAAACAAAUUUUUA